GGUGAACAAGCCUUUGGUCAAACUUUCCUCGCAUCUGAUUGGUCCAUUCACCCGUCUAUUGCCUUGUUUCCUGGUUUGCUGAAAGUGAAGCAUUAUUGACUUUAUUCGGCGUGUUAAGUAAGUUAUCGGACUGUAAAUGAAGCUGAUGACACUGUCGGUCUCGACGUGUUGUCGUCACCAUGUCCGGCGACCCGCAACUCAAUAGAAGGCGUCGCCCCCCGAGAAUGUACGUGGUCGAGUCCGAUCAUAGAGUUCAGGACCACCUGGAAGGAACCAUUCGCCUACAGAGGGGGCAACUGUGCCAAGAGCAGGAGGGAGGCGGGCAGAGAAGUGGCAAAGAUUACCUAUGGGUCAAAGUUAUUGAUAAUGGGUCUAUGGUAAAAAUAGACAAGCGUCUCCUCAGUGACGUUCCUGCUGAUUUGGCCGGUCUCCUUGAACCCGUCCGUGACCUUAAUGAGCGCUUGAGACUUUUGGCAAAGCCACAUCGUCUACAGAGAUUGGCGGCUUUACCGCUGGGUUCAGAGGUUUGGGUUUUCUGGAAGCAGUCGAAAGAGUUUGCUGAUGCCGACCUUCGUUUUCGUGGCCCGUUGACAAGAGGAAGCUCUGCUAUUUAUUUUGGUGUUCAACUAAAGGGCUGGGCGGCUGGUAAGGGCAAAUGUAAUGGAAACUAUAAAGGGCAUCAGUUGUUUACCUGCCCGGAUGCCUGUGGUCUCAUUCUGUCAGUCAGUGAACUUACACUCCCGCGGUUAUCACGAAGUGCUAGUUCAGGUGACCACGAUCGCCAACCCGCACACCAACCGAACCAGACUUCAUCCAAUAACGGUCGUCAUGAACAGAGUCCCGUCAACAUCAUGUCCCGGGCCACAGAUUCCGGUCCGGUUCCCGCUUCUUCGGCGCGGCUCUCCAUUGGACAAAGAGUGUGUUUUACACAGGACGAGGCGGUCCGACGGGGAACCGUGAUGUUCUGUGGACCCUUGCCUGACCGGACCUCCUCUGAGGUGUUUGUGGGGGUUUUACUGGAUCAGGCUGUUGGAUCGUGGGACGGAGUUUAUAAAAAUAACAAACUUUGCUCGAUCCCAUCAGCUGCGUUCGGAGCUUUACUUCCUCUUUCUAAAGUCGCUGCAGAAACUGGAUCAGAACGAUCUUCACCACCAGUAGCCAAUCCCAAACUGCCCCAGUUGCCCCUUUCCAACAAGACCGCCCUACAGCCAUCAUCGACCCAAAACAAAGACUCGCCACAAACAAACAAACCCCUUAUCCAACCGGCCAUGCUAGUCACGGCUAAAAAAGCCCUCCAGCCUCCAUCUGACUCCGUCCCUAAAGUGGCUUUGAAACCACCUCCUCUAACUAUACCCAAACCUGCGCUGAAACCUCCUCCUGUCCCACCCAAUAAACCGAAGGCCACGCCCACGUCACCACCCACUGACCCUUCACGCUCUUCUAAUGGAUUUCACAGUUUUCCCUCUCCAACUAAUGCCGAACGGAGAGCUGAGCUCGACACGUGGUUAGAAGUGGGCUGUAUGGUGGAGGUGAAUGAUCCGCCUCUUUUUGGAGUGAUUCGCUGGAUUGGACAGAUCAAUGGGAUCUCUGAACCAGUCGCUGGAAUUGAACUGGACCACGAGAUGACGGCCGCCACAGAUGGGAGUUACCUCGGUGAGCGUCACUUUCAUUGCUCUCCCAACAAAGGGCUGUUCGUCAAACUGCGCAACUGCAGACGCGACUCCAGGUUUCCCGAACCGGAGACGCCGAUUAAUCAAGUGGAUCGCUGCAACUCCAUAGCAUUUGCUAACUGGAGCAGUAAGCGUGUGGAUGAUAACACUCCUCCUCUGAUGGGUCAGGACGCCCGGAUCUUGUACGAGGGCUUUAAGAAAGGCAUUCAAGGUCAUCUGAACUCCUGCUAUCUAGAUGCUUCUCUCUUCAGUAUGUUUUCUUGCUGUAGUUCAUUCGAUUGGGUUUUGUUUUGGCCGACUGAACUUCAGAAUAAUCCUCACAGUAGAAAUGCUCAAGAUCUUCUGCACUGUGAGAUUGUCAAUCCUCUGCGCAGGUUUGGUUAUGUGUGUGCCAGUAAAACUAUGGCCCUACGCAAACUUCUACAGGCACAAACAGCAGAUGCUGGAUUUACUAACCAGGAAAAAGAUCCAGAAGAAUUUCUCAACCAGCUUUUCCUGCUUCUCCGGGUUGAACCACUUCUGAAGAUCAGGUCAGUGAGUCAGCAACCGCAGGAGUGUUUCAUCUAUCAGCUUUUUCCUCCAUCUAUCUCAGCGUCUCCAUCGUCUCCUGCGAUCUCUCCUCUGUCUCCAUCCGUCUCUCCGCUCGUUCUUUCGUCUCUGGUGCGGGUGGCGAGUGUUCAGAUGUUACUGGAGUCCUCCUUCAUGCACGCUGGACUCAAACUCACAGAGGUCCCUUCAUGUUUGCCCCUCCUCAUGCCCAGAUUUGGCAAAGAGUUUAAGAUGUUUGAUGUUAUUCUGCCAUCGAUGUCCCUCGAUAUCACCGACCUUCUGGACGAGACUCCGAGGCAGUGCAGCAUCUGUCAAUCACUGGCACAGUGGGAGUGUCUACAGUGUUAUGAGGAUGAUGACAUCACACCAGGCCAGUUAAAGCAGUAUUGUAACACCUGCAGCACACAGGUUCAUACACACAAGAAACGACAGACGCACAAACCGACCCGCAUCAGAGGGCCACAGGGCUCCUGGGAGGGACCCGUACACUGCGUACGACAGCUCAUGGAUCUGUUUGCCGUCACCUGCAUUGAGACCAGCCAUUACGUGAGCUUUGUCAAGUACGGUCCACAGCCCACAGACUGGCUCUUUUUCGAUAGCAUGGCUGACAGAGAGGGAGGAGAGAAUGGUUUUAAUGUUCCUCAGGUGAGAGCGUGUCCUGAGGUGGGCCGUUAUUUGAGUUUGUCUGUGGAGGAGAUCGCUCGGUUAGAUGCCACGUCUCUCAGAGAUACCGUCCGCCGUUUACUCUGUGAUGCCUACAUGUGCUUUUACCACUGUCCAGAACUGAGUCUUUACAAAUGAAACACUGUCCAAAACUGAGAUUUAUCAAACGUUAUUUAAAUAAGUCCCUUACGUUUUGACAAUAUUUUGCACUAUAUACAUUACUGUAGUCUUUUACAUGACUGCAUUUCACAAUGCAUAACAUGAAAAUAGUAAUGAGUUGUACUUUUUUUAUUUGAAGAUGUUAAAACAGAAUGCAUUAUCGUAUGUUUACACUUUUUACCUACUUUUAUUAAAUAAUCAAACAUGUGUAUUUAUA